CGCCGGAAGCGGCGGCGGAGGACUUCCGGUCUGGAGCCGGCGUCCGUCUGGCGCCGUCCGGGCUGUUCCGCGGCGGCGGCCGCCAUGGAGGAGCCGGAGAUGCAGCUCAAAGUGAAGAAAGUUACAGACAAGUUCACCGAGAGCAUGUACGUCCUGGCCAACGAGCCGUCGGUCGCGCUGUACCGGCUGCAGGAGCACGUGAGGCGGUCGCUGCCUGAGCUGGCCCAGCACAAGUCAGACAUGCAGAGCUGGGAGGAGCAGAGCCAAGGGGCCAUCUACACCGUGGAAUACGCCUGCAGUGCCAUAAAGAACAUGACGGACAGCAGCGUGUACUUCAAGAGCAUCGACGGGCUGCUCAAGCAGGCCAUCGCCAUGAAGGAUCGGCUGAACGCAGCGCAGGGCCGCAGGUAGCGCAGGGCACCUGACCCCGAGUGCUGCUGACCGCCUGCCCGGGUCCCAGCAACAUCUGUUCUGCCGGCCAGAGGCUUCUGCGACUUUCACGCUGCCACAUGCAAACGGGCUGAGCAGUUCUGGCAGUAACACAACCUCCUGCUAGUAUUUAAUAGAACGAGUGGCUCAUGCAGCAGGGAAGCUGAGAUUCGCUUUACUUGGCAAAGAAAACAGCCUGUUUACAAAGGGUUCGCUGCAGCAUAACACAGCCCCUUGGGAUUAAAAACGGGGUUGUUUUGCUGGCUGGUA